AUGCUGGCGCACUACCCCGCGCACUACCAGGGCUUCCAGGUCUGGGGGAGGGCGCUGGCCCUGGGCCACCAGGACGUGGGCCGCUGCUGCCCAAGGCGGAGCGGGGCCCUGCGGGCACUCCAGGCCAACGUGCGAGAACCGGACUGCGUACUGUGCGGCGCGCCCGAGGGCUCCAACGGCCACUUGUACUUCGAGUGCGAGGCGGUGCAGCGGCAGCAGGACGAUGAGGUGGAGGAGCCUUUCCCCGAGGAGCGGCUGGUCACCCGAGAGAGGCUGCGGGGGCAGGCAGUGGACACGGGCGAUGGGCCCAGCUACGAGCACCUGGAGUUCGCCCUGCCGCUCGCCCCUCCGCUGCCCGACCAGGUCCCCGAGGAGCUCCCGGAGUUCGAGUGGGGGCUGGAGGGACAAGCUUGGGGGCAGCAGCUCUUUGUCGAUGGGUCUGGCCGCCACUCGUCGGUCGUGGAGGUGCGCGGGUGCGGAUGGUCAGUCGUGCAGAUCUCGGACGAGCUGCUGCCGACUAAGGCGCGCUGGGGCGGCCUCCUGGGGCUCGUGCAGACGGUGCCGAGGUCGGAGCGCCACGCCAGCAUGCGAGCCAUUCAGCUUGGGCGGCCGCCAGUGCACGUGCUGUCAGACCACAGGUCGUUCGUGCAGGAGGACGCCGUGCUGGCCGACGGCACGGCUUUCCGCUACGUCGGCAAUUUCUGGGCCGACGUCUUCGCCAAGAUGGGCUCGGCCAGCAUCAUGGUGUCGGAGGUGCACGUGCGGGCGUGCGAGAUCCAGCUGCGGGACGUUCGGGAGGCCAUGCGCUACGUGGCCUGGGCGGCUGAGCGCGCAGUGCCGCUUUCAGUUGGCGGGUCAGCUGCGGUCCCGCAGCAGGUAGCCAAGGUGGCCCAGGUGGGCAUGAAGGUACCAGAGUUGAGUAUCGUGGCCCACGACCUCAAGCAGCUCACCAACGGAGCCUCGCUCCAAACUUUAUGCUGUUCGCCGUGCGAGCCGCCGACGGUGGGCGCCCGCCACGUCACGGAGACGGCGGGGUUCGCGAUCUGGUGCGCGGUCUGCGGCGCUUGGUCCAGCGAGUCGAAUCGGCUCUCACCCAAGUUCAGGGAUCCGUGCCGAGGGCCAUCCAAGGUGCCCAAGACGCGGUGGAAGGAGAAGGACGCAGUGAAGCAACUGCGGCGCGGGCUGCAUCCCAACACGCGGGUCGCGCUGGAGACUGGGAGGUGGCGGUGGCAGUGGGGCCCAGCGUGCUCCGGAAGCGCUCCGCCGGAGCACGUUCGGGGACGUGCUGGCUCGGGGUUCGCCCUGAGCGCGCUGCCGGAGGGCAUCGUCGUCGCCGCGGGCUUCCUCAUGGUGCUCUACGGCGUGUUCGUGGGUCAGGCCUUUAGUCUGACCCGCCAAGGAGUGCUGGUAGAGCGGUGGCUCCCAGUUCCAGCAGGGUCCAAGGGUGUGAGGGAUCCGUGGCUGGACAGGUCCCUGGUCGUCUGA